GCGCCGAGGGCAGAGGCUCAGAGCGAGGUUCCCGGAGCAGCCUCGUGGCGCUCCGCCGCCCUUCGCGGAGCUGGUAUGCGGUAGGGCCGGGCCAUGUAUUGGAAGAGCGACCCGAUGUUCGUGUGCAGGCUGGAGGAUAAAGACCUGCCCGCGCUCGGCGGCCCCUCGGAGAAGGAGAGCCCCGCGGCGGCCGACGAGGACUCCUGCUCUUCCUCCGCCGCCCUGUCGCCCUCCUCCUCGCCGCGGUCCAUGGCCUCUGGCUCCGGCUGCGCCCCCAGCAAGUGCGUGUGCAGCAGCUGCGGCCUGGAGAUCGUGGACAAGUACCUGCUGAAGGUGAACGACCUCUGCUGGCACGUUCGCUGUCUCUCGUGCAGUGUUUGCAGAACGUCCCUCGGCAGGCACACCAGCUGCUACAUCAAAGAUAAGGAUAUCUUCUGCAAACUUGAUUAUUUCAGGCGGUACGGCACGCGCUGCUCCCGCUGUGGGAGGCACAUUCAUUCCACAGACUGGGUCCGAAGGGCUAAGGGAAAUGUGUACCACUUGGCGUGUUUCGCCUGCUUCUCCUGCAAAAGACAGCUUUCUACCGGAGAGGAGUUUGCUUUGGUUGAAGAGAAAGUCCUUUGUAGAGUACAUUAUGACUGCAUGUUGGACAAUCUGAAAAGAGAAGUUGAAAACGGUAAUGGGGUUAGUGUGGAAGGAGCACUGCUAACAGAACAAGAUGUUAAUCAUCCAAAGCCAGCAAAAAGAGCUCGGACCAGCUUCACAGCAGAUCAACUCCAGGUUAUGCAAGCACAGUUUGCUCAGGACAACAAUCCAGAUGCACAAACGCUUCAGAAACUGGCAGAAAGAACAGGCCUGAGCAGGCGCGUUAUACAGGUGUGGUUUCAGAAUUGCAGAGCGCGCCAUAAGAAACACGUUAGUCCUAACCAUUCAUCUGCUGCUCCAGUCACAGCAGUUCAGCCCUCCAGGCUGUCUCCACCCAUGCUAGAAGAAAUGGCAUAUUCAGCAUAUGUACCCCCAGAUGGGACUAUGUUAACUGCCCUGCACAGUUACAUGGAUGCUCAUUCACCUACAGCUCUUGGACUCCAGCCUUUGCUACCCCACUCAAUGACACAACUGCCAAUAAGUCAUACCUAAUUUCUUUCUGUCAGGGAUAUAAGCUACUAAGGAUGUAAGCUUAAGUCACUUACUGUGUAUGAAAGUUACCGCUGGAAAGUUACUAAUGUUAACUUUUUAGUUAACAACUAAAACAUUUUCAAGAACGUUUUUGCUGCCCAGGUAUGUAAGUAUACAUUUAGCCUGCAAGACACUUUUAUGGAUUCUGCAUAAUUACAUAUUACAUUGUUUACAAGCCUUAUUAAACAUCUUUUUGUAUUGUCUGGAAGUAGAUCACUCUAGUUAUGUAUUUGUUAAUUUAUUUGUCAUCAAAAGAGCACUUUGCCUAAAAGAAAGGACUGACAGUUGUGCAAAAUGUUUACAAUUCUUUGUGAGUUUGUAGCUUAUCAUUAGUUUGUAUUAGUAAGUUAUUGCUGAAAGUAUUACUUGUAUUUGAGUUGUAUACAGCCUAUAUGUUAAAGCUUAUUUCUGUGAAUUUGCAAAAAUAAAUUUUGGUUGCAAAUAUUUUCAAAAUGAACUAAAUAAAGUUUCUGCUGUAGCAUGCUAA